AUGCAAAGUUCUGAUUCAGAAAGUCAGGCUCAUACUUUGCAUGGCUCACAAACUUUGUCUUCAUUUCCUAUGAGCUGUGAUGAUGGCGAGGAACAAAUUCUUGGCGGUUCUUCUUCAUCAAGGCCUAUCAGGGUGAAGAGGGCUAAACUGAAGAAAAAGCAGUCUGAUAACUCGGAAUCAAUUAUUGCUACUCUAGAAAAACAAAAUGAGCAAUAUAUUGCAGGCAUGAAACAAGCAAAUGAUAAUAUGUCUAUGUUUUUUAAACAACAAAAGAAUAGCCAUGAUCUCAAAACUAUGAAGGAAGAAAAUAAAAUCAUGGCUAUGGACUUGAGCUCCAUAGUCGAUCAUGAUAGUCGUGCUUAUUUUCAAGCCGAGAGAAGACGCAUUUUACAAAAAAGAGCUCAGCAACAAGAACAACCAAAUGACUAUGCAACCGGAACAUAUCCCUUGUACUUCGAUAAUAUAGGAGGUUCUGGUUCUGGUUUACUGGAUUAUUAG